AUGGAACGGUGUCCGCUAUGUUUUGGAACCUUCCAGAAGCCAAAGCUUCUUCCGUGCCUGGACACCAUAUGUUUCACGUGCCUCGAUGAAUACGUGCUCAAGCAUGCGCGCGCAUCAGGGACAUUCCCGUGCCCGGUGUGUGGCUUGGAACUUCCGGUACCGGAUGGCGGCGUAUCCAAAUUUGAUGACAACCAGCACAUCAAGGUGGAACAGACGCUCGAGCGCGCCCAGGCGGCACAUGGAGGUCAUGUUCCUUGCGAGGUGUGCGAAGAGAAGAAGGACGCCACACAGCGGUGCAUCGACUGCGAGCAGAACUUCUGUGGCGCCUUUAGUCGGGCACAUCUGCGCCUUAACGCGGCUCGUACCCACACGCCCUUGUCAGUCUGGCAGGUCCAGAGGGAAGGUUACUGCGACAAACAUAAGAACGAGGAGCUGACGUUCUACUGCCGUACCUGUCAAUAUCCGGUGUGCAUGCGCUGUCGCCUGACCACGCACGAGGACCACACUACCGAGGAUCUCGUGGACUUUGCGUCGCGCACGAGACGAGAUCUCAACGUCGCGUUGGACGAGAACAAGGGCUUCCGGUUCCAUAUGCUGAACGAAAUCGAGGAGUUGCGAGUGUACGCCGAGAAAACGAACGAAGCUAAAAACGAAAUAACAAAGUUGGUGUCAGGAAGGCGGGAGCAGUUCCACAAAGCGAUAGAUCGGGUGUGUGACGCAAUGUUGAGUAAGCUUGAAACGGAAGUGGAGCGCGAACAGGAGCGCGUAGUCGAGGACAAGGACGCGGUGGAGCGGGACAUGCUGACUCUGUCACAGAAGAUCGCCACAGCCAACCAAAUGGCAGACUUCGGCUCGGAUAUAGAGGUGGUUCGCUGCCGUCAUGACAUCCUCGGGAGCCUCAAACUGGCGAAAAAGGAAGUGCCUCUCAGUAUGACGGGCAUUAAACUCAACAUUGAGUUCACAUUCCAGACACAGGCGGAAAUGAGUCUGCGGUACCUAGUCGGACGUCUUUCCACCGACCUGACCCCGCCCCGCUACAUCUCCGUCAGCGAAGUGGCGACGUUCCGCGUGGAGAACACGUCUGACGUAAUCAACUCCAUCUGUCCCUCGAUGGAUGAUAAGUGCUGGGUGGCGUGCGGCUGGAAGUCCGAGGUGUUCUUAUUCGACAGGUUCGGGCAGCGCGUUCGAACUAAGUCUCUUGGUCGUGACGUUGAUUGCCUGGCGAUAGACUCGGACGGAAACGCGUAUGUGUCAUGUCGUGAGGAGCAUUCCGUCAAGAGAUUUGAUAGGAACUUCCGGCGUCGAAUGGCGACGUUAAACAUCGAGUACCCGCGCGGUAUAGCGACGACCAACGAUAAUUAGUUGGUGAUCUGCGUCAACAAGACUACUACAUAUUUCGACUAUGAUUCUUGCCACGAGAAUCGCGUCUUGAAACUGGGUCCUGACGGCGACGCGUCAAAGGAGCUGAAAAAUCCGGCCCU